UGCUGAUCUGCCUCCACCCCCAGCUUGGGGAGACCCUCGCUCGUCCCCCUCCCCUGCAGCUUUCCCUUGGGCUUUGUUCCUUCCUGUCCCGCAGUGGCUCCGAAGUGCUGUGGUGGUGGCGGUGGCUCCUCCGGCUCCUCCACCCAGCCGGACCCCCUGGACCCGGAGAGCGGGGAUGCAGCUAGCCCGAGUGAGCGGGCACUGAAAGCCGGGCGCAUCAAGAGGAUGGUGAGGCUGGCAGCCGAGCUACUGCUGCUGCUGGGACUUCUUCUACUCACCCUACACAUCACUCUGCUCAGGGGGAGCCCUGCCAGCCCUGCCAAUUCUGGCCACACACUGCUCCAGUUUCGGCCGAGUCGUUGCAGCUAUCCAUUUUCCCAUGGUGAAAGACCGGAGUAUCUGGAUGACCAAGCAACACACCGGUCUCUCCCCAAACAUCGUUUUAUGACCGAUGGACACUCCCCUUUACAAAGAGAUGGAACAGGAUCUUUCCUUCUGGAUCUUCCAAACUUUCCAGACCUCUCCAAAGCAGACAUUAAUGGUCAGAAUCCAAACAUUCAGGUUACAAUUGAAGUAGUUGACAGUGCUGACACAGAUCCAGAAAAUGAAAUGCAAAAGGAGAGCAAGGCCAGCUGGCCGGUUCCAUCACCAGACUGGAGGAGCUGGUGGCAGAGGUCAUCAUCAUUACCCAGGAUAAAUUAUGGGGGCCAAGACUACAAAUAUGACAGCACCACUGAGGACAGCAACUUUUUAAAUCCUCUGGGUGGAUGGAACAGACAAGGGCUCGGCCAUCGCACAUUUGAUCUGAAAGAACAGCCAGAGUAUGACUAUGCUGAUGAAGGAGAUUGGAGCGCCUGGUCUGUGUGCAGCGUCAGUUGCGGCAGUGGGAACCAGAAACGGACCAGGUCUUGCGGAUACGCCUGCACAGCCACAGAAUCCAGGACGUGUGAUAUGCCAAAUUGUCCAGGAAUUGAAGACGCAUUCAAAACCGCAGCAACAGAAGUGAGUCUACUUGCAGGAAAUGAAGAGUUUAAUGCUACAAAGUUGUUUGGCGUUGAUACAGACACUUGUGAACGUUGGAUGAACUGUAAAAGUGAAUUUCUCAAAAAGUAUAUGCAUAAAGUUGCCAAUGAUCUUCCAAGCUGUCCAUGCUCAUACCCAACUGAAGUAGCUUACAGCACUGCUGAUGUACAAGAUCGUGUCAAAAGGAAAGAGUUUCGAUGGAAGGAUGCAAGUGGUCCAAAGGAGAAACUGGAGAUCUAUAAGCCCACAGCAAGGUACUGCAUUCGCUCAAUGCUGUCUCUGGAAAGUACGACUUUAGCAGCUCAACACUGCUGCUUUGAUGACAGCAUGCAAUUGAUCACAAGGGGUAAGGGAGCAGGUACCCCUAAUCUCAUCAGCAUUGAGUUUUCUGCAGAACUUCAUUACAAAGUGGAUGUCUUACCCUGGAUCAUGUGCAAAGGAGACUGGAGUCGAUACAAUGAGGUGCGCCCACCAAACAAUGGCCAAAAAUGUACUGAAAACCCCUCAGAAGAAGACUAUUUAAAGCAGUUUCAAGAAGCUAGAGAGUUCUAAGUACUGGACUCAAUGAAAAGGAGUGUUUGAAGGACUUGGGUGUUCACAGCAGGAUCUGCUGGAAACAGGGUCAUGCCAUUUUGACGCAUGUUAGUGUCUGCAAAGCUAAUUCCAACUUUCCCAUGUGUUGUAACCAAUGCAGUGUACACGUCUUUAUCUAGAUUACUAUAUACAUCUGUAUACAUAUUGGCAGACAGAAAUUCAUUGUCUUGAUCCUGUGAAAUAUUUUUCUUUGUUUUUAAAGAAGGCAGGCAAUACUUUGCUUGAUUCGCACAGUAUAUAAUGAAGCUGAAUCCCAAACACACUAUAGAGCAUUUCAAAAGUCCUAAAGGACAUGUCUCCAACACACAGGGAUUAUCAACUUCAGAUCA